CACUAAGAGUUCACACUGGUUGGCUUGGCCGGCCGUCAGUACCAAGUUUGCCCGCCUCAAGUGUAGGCAGCCACGUCUCGCCUCCACCUCUACGCUCUAUACACUCUUGCAUAGUCUUCCUAUCCUAGUCCCUGCAAUCAAGGCUCAAGAUGCUGAACGUUCCGGGACUAGCGGGCAUCGUGGUGUUCUAUGCGCUCAUCCUCAGCAUAGGUGUGUACGCAGCAUGGAAGAGACGAGGCAAAGGCGGCGAAUCAGAUGAGGUGAUGCUAGCAGGUCGAUCUAUAGGUCCCUUUGUCGGCGUUCUUACCAUGACAGCGACGUGGGUUGGGGGCGGCUACAUCAACGGUGCGGCGGAGAAGGUCUUUGACAAGGGCCUCAUCUGGUGCCAGGCGCCAUUUGGUUACGCCAUCUCCCUCGCCAUCGGUGGGAUGUUCUUCGCUAAGCCCAUGCGGAAGGCAGGAUACGUGACUAUGCUCGACCCACUGCAGAACGCCUUCGGGAGACGCAUGGGCGGCCUCCUCUACUUCCCGGCUCUCCUGGGCGAGACAUUCUGGUCGGCAGCCAUUCUCUCCGCUCUUGGCUCGACGCUGGCAGUUAUUCUGAACAUCGGCAACACUGUGUCUAUCUUAGCGAGCGCUGCCAUUGCCGUCACUUAUACUCUCUUCGGCGGCCUCUACUCCGUCGCCUACACAGACGUCGUGCAGCUCUUCUUUAUCUUCUUUGGCCUGUGGCUGGCGGUGCCCUUCUCCAUGAUGAACGAGGCGGUGGGCUCACUGGCCCCAAAUGAGACUAACUGGGUAGGCUCCAUUGAACCUUACUCGCCUGAAUGGGGACUGUGGAUAGACUACUGGCUCUUACUCAUCUGCGGCGGUAUCCCCUGGCAGGUGUACUUCCAGCGCGUCCUCUCCUCCCGGACUCCAAAACACGCCCAGAUCCUGUCCUUAACCGCAUCAAUCGGUUGCAUUAUUAGUGCCAUCCCCGCCUGCAUCAUCGGUGCUAUCGCCAAGGCAACAGAUUGGAGCCAGACAGACUACGGCCACACGCCAGAGGGUUACCAAGUGAAGCUGGUGCUGCCCCUCGUCAUGCAGCACCUUACACCACCAUGGGUCGCCUUCAUUGGUCUGGGAGCCGUUAGUGCAGCUGUCAUGUCCUCAGCCGAUUCUUCUGUCCUCUCCGCUUCAUCGAUGUUCGCCAGAAAUAUUUACAAAAACGUCUUCAGACAAGAAGCGAGUGAGAGAGAGGUGAUCUGGGUGAUGCGAGCGGCCAUUGUGGUGAUCGCGGCCAUUGCCUCUACUAUAGGCAUCCUCAUCCACAGUAUAUAUUAUCUGUUUAAGUUGUGUGGAGAUCUUGUUUACGUGAUCCUAUUUCCUCAACUCCUGAUGGUGGUCCAUUUCCGGGAGUACGUCAAUACUUACGGCUCCUUCAUCGCCUUCUGCCUUGGCUUCUUGGUACGACUCUUAGGUGGAGAGCCGUACAUAGGUGUGCCGGCGACCAUUCACUACCCCUUCUAUGAUGAGGUGCUGGGCCAACAGAACUUCCCCUUCAGGACGGUGGCGAUGUCCGUGUCUCUCAUGAGCCUCAUUGUGGCCUCUGCCAUCGCCAAGGCCAUCUUCACGCGCGGCCUCCUGCCUGCCAGGUACGACUUCUGUCGGUGCUUCGAUCUUGGCCCUAAAAACAAGGAUGAAUCAGAGGAGCUUGCCAAUGGAUCCCUGAAGGUCAAUGGUCUGGUGAUUCCAAACAAGGAAGACCCUUCCCCCCUGAGGGCGGCGGAGGUGAAGCUGUACAAGCCUCAGCAGGCGGGAGAGCAGCAGCCUGUAGGGCAGGUUUGAGGUCGCCAGUAUAUCGCCAGACUACUGGAGGUGCACCGGCUGAGGCCACUCUUAAACACAAACGCUGAAGUCUUAUCUACCGACAACAAACAUUAUUACUGUAUGCUCGUUACUUGACGCUGUAAAUCGUCUUCGCAUAUGUAUCUUUACAUUCAAAGAUUUACCAAAUGAACCCAAUCGGAUGGAAAUUCUUUGUCGUGUUUACUUGAUAUCUGUUGUGUUUGUGUUUGUGUUUAUGUGCUUCAUCAGCUAAAGUCUUUAAUCAUAUUCACGAAAUCAUUUCAUACACUUAAUAACAACUAAUGGUAACUUCAUAAAAUUGUACUUCCUGUACUGUAUACUGUACCAUACUGUAGGUUCCCUGUAUUUCUGUGUUGAACAAAUAAGGUCUUUAAACGCUUAUACUAAGUUUAAACACUAGACAACAAAUACCAUAAAGGAACUGAGGAAGAUACUUUAUAUUUUCAGAUUUCAUUUAUUUUGUAUGUGUUAUUUUGUUGUUAUGACCUAUUUUGUGUAUUCGUACAAUAUCCAUCUUAUUGACUGAAGACUAAACACUUAGAUGGUACUAGAAUAGUGGACGCAUAGUUUACUUUGAUUGUCUUUCAUCCAAGUUUGUAGGUAAUGAAAAAAAUUGACGCGUUUUUUUUUUUUUUUAAUACAGAAUCACUUUAUUUGUUGUCUCUGUUGGGCCGAAGUGAUAAGGGAUCAAUCAAACUUGCAGUGGAGUCUGUGCGCUCAAAUACGGGUGCGUUUAAAGAUGUGUGUCCUGGGUGCGUUCAUUCACUAAUGGGUUCCAGAAUUGGGUCCCUUCUGAGGUGGAUGUGUUUAGAAGAGUACAAGUGAAGAGGGAUGAGCCUAAGCUACGCUCAAAGUCUAAUAUUUUCUAAAGUAUGCCUAAAUCUGGAUGGUGUGGAAGGUGCAGUGUUCAGAGAUGAGAGGAAGUGUGUGUGAAGUUGCUGAUAUAGAUAAGUAUAACCCGUAGGCAAUAUGUGUCUUGCCAAGUAGUGAAUUUUAUAUAUAUAUGAUAUUCAUUCUGUCCAGAUGGCUUGAGGAGGUAUUUUUAUAGUAGAAUUCCAUUGUCGGGUGAGGUAGUGUUAAUGGCAAGUAGUGUUCAGCAAGUGGUUCCAGGAGAAGGGAAGCCUAGUAUGUAUAAUAUUACCCGUCAGAUUCAUAUUUGGGAUGCCUAUGAGGUGCAAUUAUGUAAAAGUUUAUGUAAUCAUCACCAGCCUCGGGUAUUUCAUGUAACCCAGCUGAUAAAAGUGUAAAUUUGUGUAGAAUUAUCCUCAACUGUCUUUAUCACUAGACGAGUUACAUAUGAAUCGUAAAGUGGAAUAAUCCCUAUCUUUGAGCGACCACCUGUUAAACAAAUAUAUAUAAUAAUGGUACCGUAUUAUGUAUUUUUAUUACUUUUAACUAUUUGUACCGAGAUAUUUCGGUUAUAAAUUACGAUGCAACGA